UUCGUUUCGCAGCGGGGGUGGUUGUAAAAAGGCUAGUCCAGCUACUUAUUAAAAAUAAAAAUGUCUCGUUUAUUUCUGCCAAAUCAUUUUUGUGCCAAAUGUAAGCUUCUAACAACGCGAGAGUCUUUCUUGACAGCGCGAGUAAAGCAGCCCCGUUCAGAUAAGAGCAAUGUUUUUUUUCAACAACAAAGACGAUAUGUUAGUGGGUCAAGCUCAGACUUUUUUAAAAACGGGCAAAAGUCAAGGAUUUGGAUAUGUGGUGUCGGUGUCGGGAUUACUCUAGCUGUCGGACUGAAGUGUCACGCGGACAAAUCUAACAGUUCCUGUGAUGAUAAAGUUAUAAGACAACAGAGGAGUGAUCGAUACAGCCAUGCUAUAAAAGUUAGCAGAGACCUGCUGGAGCGGAUAAAGGUAGGCACUGAGGCUGAGGUCGGGGCUCCAGGGUUGGUGGUUGGAGUCUCCGUGGACGGUGCUCAGGUUUGGUGUGAAGGGCUGGGUUAUGCUGAUUUGGAGAACCGUGUGCCAUGCAGCCCAGAGACAGUGAUGCGAAUCGCCAGCAUCAGUAAGCCCCUCACAUCUGCAGCAGCUGCACGACUGCGUGAGGAGGGGAAAUUGGAUCUUGAUGUCCCUGUCCAACAAUAUGUCCCGGAAUUUCCCCAGAAACAAUUUGAUAGACAGGAUGUCACAAUAACCCCUCGUAUGCUGCUGUCCCACCUAAGUGGCAUACGGCACUAUGAGAAGGAUGCAAAGAAAGUAAGGGAAGACAAAGAAAAAGCAAAGCGACUGCUAAAGCCGCCGGUAAAAGAGAAAGAGGAUGAAAAGAGCUCAUCUGAAAAAGAUAAACCUACUGAAGUCGAACAGAAAACUAAAGGUAAAGAGGCUGCUCAGGCUCAGAAGAAAAAAGAGUUCGAACAUGAGGAGUAUUACCUAAAAGACAAUUUUGAAAGUGUCACCCAGGCCCUGGACCUCUUUAAAGAUGAUCCGCUCAUUUUCAAACCAGGCACUACUUUUCUGUACUCCACCCACGCCUUUACCCUGCUCAGUGCUGUUGUGGAACGAGCUGCGGGUCAGCGUUUCCCAGAUCUGAUGGCGAACAUGUUCCGUGAGCUGGGAAUGCUAAAUACUGUGCCUGAUGAGAAUGAUCCAAUUAUUUACCACCGUUCCAGAUACUAUCAUUUCAACAAGAGGGGGCGUGUUGUGAACUGCCCAUAUGUAGACAACUCCUACAAAUGGGCAGGAGGUGGCUUCCUCUCAACUGUUGGUGACCUGCUGCUGUUCGGUAAUGCUCUGCUCUACAGCUACCAGGUGGCCCACCUGAAGGACACUCAGGGUUUUCUCCCUGGUUUUCUCAAACCCCAAACAGCCAUCGAGCUGUGGGCACCAGUUGACAGGACAGAGGCCAGCUGGGAUAAAGAUGGACUGUAUGCCCAAGGCUGGCUGGUAGUGGAGAAGGAACAGAAAUAUGGUCAGUGCAGGAAGCGCAGACACUACGUAUCGCACACAGGAGGCGCUGUAGGGGCCAGUAGUGUCCUCUUGGUACUUCCCAAUGUGGAGAUAGAAGUGGGUGAAGGACAGUCACCUCUCCUCCCACAGGGGGUGGUGGUCACUAUCAUCACUAACAUGCAGUCUGUGGGACUCAAUAACACAGCACUGAAAAUUGCGCAUGAGUUUGACAAAACCAGAAGCGAGUAAGAGUACAAUGUUUACAUAAGCACUCAAGUUUAUAUUUGACUGAUUUCAGAGGAUUUUAUAGUUUUGUAAAAGCUUUGAAGAAAUUGA